AUGGGACUGUCGGAAAUUUCGGUACGGUGGCUUUUGAAUGUUCUUAGAUUCCAUUUGCCAUUUUUAGAUUGUUCCUCUUGGCGCAGGUCAAGAUGUCGGGCGAUCAUGUAUACUUGUUUCGAUUGGAUCAAAAAAUGUGAUGCUCGACUGCGGGAUGCAUAUGGGGUUUCAGGACGAACGUCGGUUUCCAGAUUUUUCGUGAGUAUCGCACCCUAAAACAUCGUCAACCCGUAAUCUAUCAGAUUUAUAUCUGGAAAAAGCCGCUUGACAGAUUUUCUCGAUUGUGUCAUUAUCUCUCACUUUCAUUUGGACCACUGUGGGUCUCUACCACACAUGAGCGAAAUCGUCGGCUACGAUGGUCCCAUAUAUAUGACUUAUCCAACAAAGGCAAUCGUCCCCGUUCUACUAGUAAGAAAAAUAAAACCAAGCAUGGUGUUGACAUUUAUUAUUUAGGAAGACUAUCGGAAAGUUCAAACUGAAUUCAAAGGGGAGACGGAUUUUUUCACUUCAGAAAACAUCAAAAGCUGUAUGAAGAAGGUCGGCUACUGUUUCUUUCCCCAUUUCUGAAGUUUUCAAGAUGCAAACAUACAUAGGCAAGUAUAGAACUCAAUUUUUUUAGGGCGAAUUGUUAGCUUACAAAAAUUGACCAAAACACCGAGUAAAAAUUAUUUUUAAGCUCCGGGAGAUAGUGUUGGCAAUAAAAAACAACCUUUACUUUAACUUCGAAGUACCUGGGAGGAAGGGUUGGCGACCUACAAAAAGGUCUACCCAUGUAUGGAUGCAAAUGUUGCUAAAGUGCGCUGAGAGUGUUUUGAUAAAGUAUUUACACAAUUAUUCAGUCUAUAGAGCACGGCGUUUUAAGAAAAGUUUAGGGGACCCAAUAGGGAUUCGGUUAUUUCAGGGCCAUGAUAGGGAGUAAAAUAGGGGCUCCGGAACAUACCUUGAAUGACCUUAACUAUUCGGGACCCUAGAAGGGGUAAAUUAAAAAUUUUUUUAAGGGACGUUGUUUGAAAGAGUUAACUCUUCAAUUAGAACAAUUGAUUUCGAAAAAUCAAAAAAACAAGGAAUUCCUUCACAUUUUUUUCUGUCGCAACGAAAAAAAGAUUUACCUUGGAUCAGUAACAAACACAAUAAAAAAAUAUAAUUGAAAUAAACAUUUAAAAAAAUUCAACUGAAGCAUUCGAGCAACAAUAAAUUCAAAUCCUCCAGCGCAAAUUUUUCUACCGUAUAUCUAGGUGAAUCAACCUUCCAAAGCCAUUCCGCAUUUUCAAAAUUUAUACAUUUUCUUCCACUACGCAGAACGCCAUGAGAUAAGAGUCUCUGCUGAAUCAUGGAAUAAUAGAAGAGUUGUUUUUGGUUCUUGAAACUGUCGUUGGUCAAGAACGGCACCUAGAGUAUCUCACUCUUCUUGUGAUAAAUGUAGGCGAGUUUGAGUUUUCCGAAAAUAAGUGCUUCCCCGUAUAGGAACGGUACGGCGCUCAGCUUGUCCAGGGCUGGCCAGCGUCGGAUUUAAUCUCAGAUGAGAGCGUUAAUGAAGACCGACCACUCGGAAGGUUGAAAUUAGAUCAAUAAAGUGUGAGGUGUUUCAAAACUUUUGCUGUCAAGUCUUCAAUAAAACCAGAAAACGGAGAGAUAGAUGUCAUCGUGACAUAAAAAGACUGUUGCAUUUUCAAAAGUUACUCGGAGCGCUCCAUGAGACCGGGGCUCUAUUGAAAACCAGUAUCAUAAGAGACAGAAGCUUUUUAUCAAAAUUGGUCAUCAUUUUUAUUAGGCGAUUGCUGUGAAUUUGCACGAGACCAUCGAAGUGGACGAUGAGCUGAGUAUUCGAGCUUUUUAUGCGGGUCACGUUCUCGGAGCUGCCAUGUUUGAGAUUCGCGUUGGAGACCAGAGCGUUUUGUAUACAGGUAAAUUGCUACUGAGGCUAUAUCAUUGAUAAACCGUCGUUAGCUUUGGUUAACUAGCUACCUGGGUUGUUAAAAAUUUUGUCACCCGUUUUUCGCAAUUUCUUUCCUAAUCCAUGUUCCGUAAUCUUCAAAAAGUUUUUUUUUCCUUAACCCGUGUUCCGUUUUCCUUUUAAAAAAAUUUUUCUUCAACUCUUACUUUAAACAUUUUCAUUGAUAAAAAAUUGCGGUGCGUUUUUGCUAUCGUAAGGGAUUUGUAUAGAAACUCAUUUUGCCUAUGUAAUCUGUAGCCAACUAUUUUCUCAAUUUCAAUAUCGAAGUAUUACAGUAUUCAAUCGACAUUGAACGAGUCAGAGCGACUCUUCUUUGUCUCGGGGCUGAUUAGCUAGCCUUUGCGAAAAGCCUUUAAGCUCCUCGACACGUUGAAAUCUAACAAAAUUUACUUAGAUGCUUAUGAAAGUUUGCUAUGAUUUGAGUUGGCUAAAAAUUUCGAAAUCACAGGUUAUUUUUCGUUUAGAAAUUGUUUCACGUUACUCUUAAAAAAAUUUUUCUUUGAUAUAAUUUUUUUUGACAACGUUGGUUUUAUUUUUCAGUUCCUAAUACGAAAAUAUUUCCUCUUCUUUAACCCGUGUUCCGUCUUCCUUUAAAAUGUUUUUGUUUUACUGCUGGCUACCCAGCAUACACAGGACUACCUUGUAGCAAGUUAGUUGAUAAAAAACCACCGAUUAGCCUACUUCAAAAUCUCGAUUGACCUAUGAUGUCGAGUUUGCGCAGUCUUAAUUCAAAAAAAUAGUGUUCAAAAUAAAUAUUUUAGGGGAUUACAACAUGACUCCCGACCGACAUCUUGGCGCGGCUCGUGUAUUGCCCGAUGUGAGGCCUACAGUUUUGAUUUCGGAGUCGACGUAUGCGACCACUAUCCGAGAUUCGAAGAGAGCUCGUGAAAGGGAUUUCCUUCGAAAAGUCCAUGAAAAAGUCAUGGCUGGUGGGAAGGUUUGUACUUAAAUGAUCACUCAACUUUUAUUAUCUGUUUUUCUCGCCGAGCAAUCAGGCUUCAAGUUAUUUUCAUUUCUGGUUUUUUUUUUCAAGGUAGCAUCAGAAAACUAGUUAUUUUUCAUACGAAUAUGGUUUUCACAUUUUCACUCAUCCAAAGUAUAAAAAAAUGACACUGUAAAUUCUCCUAAAGAAUUAUGAAAAUUUAUAUCGACUGAGUCAAAUAUUGACGCGCAUAACCAAAAAAUUACCAUUAUCAGUUUGUAUUAGUGAGACAUGCAUAAACUAGAAAGCUUCGGUACUCAAAGUUCAGCACGUUCACUAGACUGUAAUUUUGAUGAUAUCCAGUUAUCGAGCAGUUUUUCAUGAGAUUAAAUGGAAAAAAUGGAAAUGCCUUCCUUGUUAGUACAUAAACAUCGAAAAUUGGGAAUUUUUUUUUGAUUUUUGCUCGCAACUUUGUCAAAAAAAAAAUAAUAAUGUUGACCUUAAAUUUCAACCAACAAGGCGUCUGCGAAAAGAUAUCAUAAUUACACAUCAGUUCAUAUAUGGCUAUUAUUGGUGUCCAUCUCCAUUCAAAUUACAAACUAUAUCAAAUAGACAGAAACCAACUGAGAGGCAACGGCCUUAAACUCGAACCACCACCAAUCCAUCAUGUUCACUAUAACUUUAUUACGCAACGCGUGUAUAAAUACUGGAACGGCUUAAACAGAGUUAUGGUUUUUUUGAUGAUGAACAAAGAAGAUUUAAAAAGUUGUUUGAAAAAAAUUGGUUUUUGAUAAAGGAAGCUGCAAAUAUCACAAAAAUGAUUCAACUCGUUUAUAGAUUAAUUUUUCUUUUUUUGAUUCUCUUCGAUUUCGACCUAAAAAUAUUUUUUUAGAUUAAAGUGGAACUUUAUCGAAGUGGAGGCAAAUAUAACUUUCAUGGUUCUCUUCCUCCACGCCACAGAUCUGUCUGUGAGCGAAAUAAACAUUUCAUUCAUUCAUUCAUUCAAUUAAGUAAAAUGAUGUUUUUGACGAUGUUAAAUGAUGGUUUGAGCCGAUUCUAAAAAGAAAUUUUAUUUUUUUUUUCGAUUCGAUAAGAACCUUGCAUCUUCGAGGCAGUGACCCGAUAAGUAAGUCCAAAAAGCUCAUUGGGAUCUUCUUCCAAACUUCUUCGAAAUUUCAGUUCAAAAAAUCGUUUUAACGAAGUUACAAAACAAAAAUAUACUCGCCUAUUUUCGCUACUAUCUAUAUAUUUUUGAGCAUUAUGAAUAUUUGGGUUUAUUUUCAGGUCAUCAUCCCUGUGUUUGCAUUAGGAAGGGCUCAGGAGCUUUGCAUUCUACUCGAAUCCUAUUGGGAACGUAUGAAUUUGAACAUUCCGAUUUUUUUCUCACAGGGGCUAGCCGAGCGAGCAAACCAAGUAUUUUGAACCCAUCGCAAAACAGUUGUCUCAUCAAAUUUUGUGCCAGUAUUAUCGUCUCUUCAUCAAUUGGACCAACGAAAACAUCAAAAAAACGUUCGUCGCACGCAACAUGUUCGACUUCAAACAUAUACGUCCCAUGGAAAAAGGGGCUGAAGAUAUGCCUGGUCCGCAAGUGUUGUUUUCUACUCCAGGUUUCUAGUUAUCUGUGAUUUUUUUUUCGCACUGUCUCUUUUUAAGGCAUGCUCCAUGGUGGACAGUCGCUGAAAGUCUUCAAAAAGUGGUGUUCUGAUGCCAACAACAUGAUUAUCAUGCCCGGUGAGAGGGAUCACCUAUGAUAAUCGAAGAAAAAAAAAUUGUAUUUAAAGGUUACUGUGUGGCUGGUACAAUCGGCGCACGUGUUAUCAACGGUGAAAAACGUAUAGAAAUGGAAGGGAAAAUGGUUUGACAUUUUUUUUGUAUCUAAUUUUUUCAAAAUAUCUUCGAGUUUCAGUACGAGGUUCGAUUAGCAGUUGAAUACAUGUCUUUCAGUGCUCACGCUGAUGCAAAAGGAAUUAUGCAGGUGUAAUAUAGGAACAUCAAAUUUUUAUUAGAUCCUAAUCAAGAAAAUAUUUACAGUUGAUUCGCCACUGUCAACCGCAGCACGUCAUGUUUGUUCAUGGAGAAGCGGAAAAAAUGGAGUUUCUGAGAGGAAAAGUGGAAAAGGUGCAUAGUUGGCAAAAUUAGGACUCUACGCGUACUUUUAGGAGUUUGGCGUUCCUGUGCAUAUGCCGGCUAACGGCGAAACGAUCAUGAUUGAACCGUCGCCAAAAGCUUUCAUCGAAGUCUCCAACCAAGUUCCAGAAAUGAAUGUUUUCCUUAAAUUAUCAUUUGGCUUUCAGCUCAUCGAACGGAGCAUUGCUUUGGAUCCAACCUCUUCCAAAAAAUCGUGCCCUUUUACUGCCUGCGUUGUUUUGGAUAAGCAAGUUUUCCUCAAAUUUACGAUCAUAUCCGUUUUUUCCACUUCAGACAAAUGCGCUAGAAGUGGUGUCUUGUGAAGCGGCGGCUGAAGAUCUCAACGUUAAAAUUCAUACAAUUACUCUGUCUCAGGUUCUUUUUUUCUAACAGAACAUGUUUCUCUGUUUUGACGCUGGUUUCGGAUUUCUCUCGCUUUUCUCAUGUUCUCGAGAAAAAAAAUUGAGAAUUUCCAAGAUGCGAGGUCGAGCCAACAAAAAACUGCGCGAGGACAGAGCCAAAUGUUUCGUCAAUAUAGCGAUCUCGCCUUUCUCUUUGCAUUUAUUUCUUAGUAUUGCUCUGAAACUUUGCUCUGUUGGGAGAAUUUCGUGCAGCUCUUGCAUGCAUUUUCGAAACUUUUUAUUCACGAUUUUUCGUAUUUUUUUCGAACUAUUUUUUUCGGAGAGUGGUUUUUUUCUAGUGGAAUAUAUUUUAUAGAAAUCGAAAAAAAGUAGAGAGAAGAACCUCCAGCAAAUUUUAUGGAUUAUGCAGCGAGCGAUAUCGCUCGACUCUCCCUGCGAAUACGCAAACUUCUUACGCUAUAUCUCUUUUUAUUCAUUUUUCUUGAAGGUCAAAAAUAAAGCAAAAGAUUGUUUUUAAAACUUCAAUUUUAUGAUAAAGUGCAAUACGGUGGUGAGAUGUUGGCGAGUUCGCAACAAGAAAGUUUGGCUUCAUCUCCUGGGGCUCACUUAUGCUCCCUAUUGCUCGUUCCGUGUAGCAGAAAUAUCAUAUUUGAGCGUUUUUUUGAAAUUCCUCUCGAAAGAAAGUUAAAAUCAUAAGCUUCUCUUGCGCCUAUUUAGUUAGAGACUCAAUCUUUAAUGAAGUCAAAAAAUCUUUUUUUUUGAUAAUAAGUUUCUAGAUUCUCAAAGGGACGCAUAUCGACUGGAACGUGCUGUCUGAAGCGAUGCAGGUGUACGAUCCAGAGCUCCAGGUGAAAAAGGUGAACGGCGCUUUAUUCAAGUUUCUGAAAAAGUUUCUUUCAGGACGGGAUCGAAAUGUUUCACGGGGAAGUUUGUCUCUUACGAGUUAAAGGCCAAGAAUCACAGGUUUUUUUAAUGUGAUUUUGUCUUCGAAGUUUUUUUUUUUUUUGCAGGUGGAAAUGAUUUGGGACGAAUGUCGUGAGCAAUGGCAGCCUAUUAUUUGUGCCAUAGUCCAUGAUAUAAUUCGAAAAAACUAG